AUGAGAGUGAGGGUGCAGCAGGCUGCUGGAGGCGUGAGUGGGAAAACACCAUCCCAGGUGUACUACGACUGUGCUUCUUCUCCGGACGAUUUGGACUUUGGUCCUGGAGCUGAACUGACUGGCUCAGAAGAGGAUGAGCACAUCAGGGUCCCAGGAGCACCCCACCAGCCUGGGCACUGUUUGCAGUGGGCCUGCAAGGCCUGCAAACGCAAAUCAAGCUUUGUGGAUCGCAGAAGAGCUGCCACCAUGCGUGAGCGUAGGCGUUUGAAGAAGGUCAAUCACGCUUUUGAGGCUUUGCGCCGCUGCACCUCUGCAAACCCAAGUCAACGCUUGCCCAAAGUGGAGAUCCUCCGUAAUGCCAUCCAGUACAUCGAGAGUCUGCAAGAGCUGCUGAGGGAGCAGGUGGAGAACUACUACAGCCUCCCAGCAGAGAGCAGCUCUGAGCCAAGCAGCCCUUUGUCCAGCUGCUCAGAAGGAAUGAUUGAAGGCAACAGUCCAGUUUGGCAUCAGAUGAAUGCAAAUUACAACAACAGUUAUUCCUUUUCCAAAAUGGGUAAUUUAACGGAGAAGUCUGCGGGUGCCUCCAGUCUGCAGUGUUUAUCGAGCAUUGUGGACCGUCUGUCUUCAGUGGAGGCCAGUGCAGGAUCCACGUCUCUGCAGGACAUGUCCAGCUUCUCCCCCAUCAGCUCUGACUCACAGACCUCCUCACCAGACAGUCCCGGCACCAGACCAGUGUACCACGUUCUGUGA